GAAGGCCCCUACCCUCCUCAGUCCUCCGAAGGAGCCUGGUCCUCGCUCUCCUGGUGCUGAGACUCCCCGCAGGCGGCCCCUCCACAGGCCUCCCCUCUGGCCUUGAAGGCUCUGCUUGUCUUCUCAUCCCGGGAGGAGGGCAAGGCCAUGGGUCUGCCCCUGCUGCUGCCCCUGCUGCUGCCCCUGGCAUCUCUGCAGGCAGGUCACUGGGCAGAACCCAAUCCAAACACUGCCUUUGGGAUGAACCAACCAAAGAAACUCUCAGCCCUCGAGGGUGACUCCAUCCGCAUCCCCUUCUUCUUCUAUUACCCCUGGGAAUUACACAAGGUUCCCAAUGUGAAUAUAUCCUGGAGAUGGAAACACUUCCAUGGGGAGUUCAUCUACAACACGACCCCGAUGUUCAUCCAUAAUGAUUUCAAGGACCGGCUCCUCCUGAAUUGGAUAAAGGGUGGGAAGAACGGCUCCCUCCAGAUCUCGAAACUGCGGAGGGAGGAUGCGUCUAGCUACUUCUGCCGGGUGGAGAUGGACACACAGGGAAACGGCAAGCAGAUGUGGCAGUCUAUCAAGGGAACCACACUCACCAUCAACCCCACCACCAACACAACAAUUCAAGUCCCCACCACCACCAAGACAACCACUCAAGGUCCCACCACCACCAUCACCACCACAGCUGGCCUCAGGGUCCCAGAAGGCAAAAGGAGUUCAUGGUCUUGGCCCUUGAGUACUGAAGCUACAGUCGGGUUGGCACUGGCCAGCGCUGUGCUCAUAACUGCAAUUGUGGGACUGACUGUGUACCUCAGGUGGAAGAGAAGCAAAGGUCUGCAGACUAAAGCCAGAACCCCAGCCAGGGGAUCCUUCCAAAACCCAGAGGAGAAAUACGAGAACAUUGGGAAUAAAGGACAACAUACAGGCCCCAAGCUGGACACCAAGGAUGACGGCAUCUUUUAUGCCUCCCUCACCCUCUCCAGCUUGACCUCACCAGCAGCGCCUCCCCACCCGCCUCCCCAAGAGGGCCCCCAGGAAGAGACCCUAUACUCUGUCAUAAAGGCCUAAGGAGUGAGACUGAGUGAGGACCUGCUUAGAGUCAGCUGCACACAGGGAUCUCAGUUUCUCAUAAUCACCCUGGACAGACACAGACAACUCAGAAGCCAGCAGGUGAUGAAGGCCACCAAGGACCUGAGAGACACACAGCCACCUGCUCCAGUUCCCUCUUCAACUUCCUAGCCCUUGACCACAAAAAUAAAAGUCCCUGUACAAUUUGCCUGAA